GUUCUUUCAAUUAAGGAGUUAGAAAUUAACCUCAAAUCAGUAAUCAUCUCUUUAAGGGGGUUCUAAGACCAAUUCAUUGCUAUAAACAACAAUUAUGUCUUAACCAAUGUUACUAUUAUUAACCAUUUUCUCUUGCAAGUUUUCCACAUUGCAUUAUUAACGUAUUGAAUUCAAUGCACAUUUCAAACCAUCACCUUUCUCACAUGAUUUUCACUUUCCUUUUGCAUCCUAUCUUCAUAUUUUAACCACCAUUCUCUUCAACAAAUCCACUUAGUUCUUCACAUUUAAAGCAAUAAAUUUUUUAUAGUAACUUUUACUUAACAUAACUAUGUUAGUUCCCAACACCCAUGUUGUUUUUCAUAAUUUUGUUUUAUUAAUUCUAGUUGUGUUUUUUUGUUGGGGUAGAUGAACAAACUCUAGACGGAGAAAACAAAGUUAGUACAUUUUUUUUCUUCCAUUUUUAUCUUUUGGAAUUGUGCUUCUUAGCUACAUCAAAUAAAGUUACAUUUUUUUCAUACAUCUAUGUUCUGUUUGAUUUAAGUUCUGACUGAAAAAAGCUUCAUUUUUCUGUCAAGAUAUCAGUUUGUUCAAUUAUUCAUCUUGCAACAAGAUAAGAUUUUGAUAUCAUAGGCACUGAAAUUUGAAGCCUUGUAUUGAUUAUUGGGUUUUAGAGCUUAUUGGGUAGUUAGCAUUAUGGGUGUAGUUAGUAAUAAUUCAGACUCAGAUGGAUCUGUUCAGAAUUGUAUCAAUGGUUUAGAGGAGAAACUUGACGAACUUCGCGGCCUUCUUGGUAAGACUAAUGGUGAUCCAUUAAGAAUAGUGAGUGUUGGAGCUGGUGCUUGGGGGAGUGUUUUUACAGCAUUGUUACAAGACACUUAUGGACAAUUUCGCGACAAGGUGCAAAUUAGGAUAUGGAGAAGGCAGUUAAAGGUAGUUGAUAAAGCCACUGCUAAGCAUUUGUUUGAAGUUAUAAACUCUAGGGAAGAUGUGUUGAGGAGGUUGAUUCGGCGUUGCGCUUAUUUGAAAUAUGUUGAAGCAAGGCUUGGUGAUAGAACAUUAUUUGCUGAUGAGAUUCUGAAAGAUGGGUUUUGUUUGAAUAUGAUUGAUACGCCGAUUUGUCCUUUGAAGGUUGUUACAAACUUGCAGGAAGCUGUUUGGGAUGCUGAUAUUGUUGUUAAUGGAUUGCCUUCGACAGAAACACGUGAGAUUUUUGAAGAGAUUAGUAAAUAUUGGAAGGAGAGAAUCACAGUGCCUGUAAUAAUUUCUUUGGCAAAGGGUAUAGAGGCUGCAUUGGAGCCUGUUCCUCAUAUUAUAACUCCCACAAAAAUGAUUCACCAAGCAACUGGAGUUUCGAUGGAGAACAUACUUUAUCUUGGCGGUCCCAAUAUUGCAUCAGAAAUCUACCACAAGGAGUAUGCCAAUGCUAGAAUAUGUGGUGCUGAGAAAUGGAGGAAGCCUCUUGCAAAGUUUCUGAGACAACCACAUUUUAUUGUUUGGGACAACAGUGACCUUGUCACCCAUGAGGUCAUGGGUGGCUUAAAAAAUGUUUAUGCGAUCGGUGCCGGAAUGGUAGCAGCCCUUACCAAUGAGAGUGCCACCAGCAAAUCUGUAUAUUUUGCACACUGUACAUCAGAGAUGAUAUUUAUCACUCACCUGUUGUCUGAAGAACCUGAAAAACUCGCGGGACCAUUAUUGGCUGAUACUUACGUGACUCUAUUGAAAGGUCGUAAUGCUUGGUACGGCCAGAUGCUAGCUAAGGGGGAAUUAAGUCCUGACAUGGGUGAUAGCAUAACAGGCAAAGGAAUGAUUCAGGGUGUCUCUGCAGUAGAGGCUUUCUUUGAACUUUUGAGCCAAUCAAGCCUGAAUGUGUUGCACCCUGAAGAGAACAAGCCUGUUGCUCCUGUUGAGCUCUGCCCAAUCUUGAAGACACUGUAUACAAUAUUAAUAUCCAGGGAACAAUCAACAAAAGCUAUUCUUCAAGCUCUGAGGGAUGAAAAUCUGAACGAUCCGCGUGAACGUAUUGAGAUUGCACAAAGCCAUGCAUUCUACAGACCUUCACUUCUUGGACAGCCUUGAUUAUAAUUUAUAAAUGUAGAGCAUUUGGCAAUAAUAGAAUCAUUUUUUAUGAACUAGCUUAUUAUUAUUUAAUGGAAGAUUUUGAUACACAUUGUAUAUAUAUGAAAUGCAGAACAUAACCCCCGUUGGCAAUUGGACGUGUAAUUGCUCAAAAACAUAGUACUAUAGUAGUAGUUUGAUUCAAUUGGAACCCUGAA